GCGUAAACCCGUGUUCCAACANCACCCCCCCCCCCCUCUAGCGUUGGUCUAUUAUUCUAACAAUUGGUAUCGGAGCCUAACUCGCGUCCAAACUUAACCGUUUGAGAGUAAAGCGAUCAUGGGCUCUUCUUCUAGAAAUCUCUAUGCAGGAAUUGGAGAAGGACAAUCAACGUCUAGGCCACCACUCUUUGAUGGCACCAACUACUCCUAUUGGAAGGAACGGAUGAGAAUCUAUAUUCGUUCCACCAACUUCCAAUUGUGGUUGGUGAUCAAAAAUGGCGAAGAAAUCCCUAUGAAGAAAGUGGGAGAAACCACGGUCCCAAAGACUGAAGACGAAUUUGAUGCCGAGGACAUCAAGAAGAUCGAAAACUAUGCAAAGGCCAUCAAUAUGCUAUAUUGCGCGGUCAACCCCGAUGACUACCGAAAGAUCUCCUGUUGCACAACCGCCAAGGAGAUGUGGGACAAGCUCGAAGUGACGUACGAAGGUACCGAUCAAGUUCGCGAAGCCAAGAUCGAUUUUCUCACCCAAGAGUACGAAAUGUUCCGGAUGAAAGAAGGUGAGAAAAUUGAUGACAUGUUCGACCGGUUCUCAAAGAUAAUCAAUGAUCUUAUUGCCCUCAAAAAGACUUACACCAACAAGGAUCUUGUGAGGAAAAUCCUGCGGAGCCUCACACCCGAAUGGAGGUCAAAAGCCGAUGCAAUCUACGAAUCCAUCGGAGUCUCCAACGUCACCUUCGACGGGCUAAGAGGUAACCUUAAAACCUAUGAAUCUACUAUUCUAACCCCGUCUUUGGAUGAACAAAAGAAGAAGGGAAUAGCGCUGAAAGCCACCAAGGAACCGGUGGAAGAGGCUUCAAGCGAUGACGACAAUGAAUUCGGGCUCGUCAUCAAAAUAUUCCACAAGUUCAUGAAGAAGGAAUUUGAGCGAAAGGGAAGGAAGCACGACGGUCCUCCCAAAUGCUACGGCUGUGGCGAGAUUGGCUACAUCAAGCCAAGGUGUCCAAAGGCCAAACACGGCAAGGACAAGCCUGGCUUCAAGAAGCAAAGGGCCUACAUCUCUUGGGGUGGCGAUUUCGGCGACGAAUCAACCGACCAAGAGGAGGACGAAGCUGCAAAUCUCUGCCUCAUGGCACACGAAGAUCAAAGCGACGACGUCCAAGAGGAGCUCUUGAAACGGUUUGAAAUGGACAACGCCAAAGCCAUGGCGACCCCGAUGAGCACGUCUGACCAUCUUGACAAACACGCGAAAGACAAGAACAGGGCAGGCACCUCCGGAAAAUCCAAGUCCAAAUCCCGAGCUCCAUCCACGACCUCCGAGGAACGCCUCUACUACGGCGAUGGAUCGUACCUCUGGUUCGAUUCCGAGGAGGAGCGCACCCGAUUUCUCACCUUUUUCUCCAAACGGGUUGUGGCUCCCCCACGAAUCAUCCCAGACCGCUACCCGGAAUUGCAGGGCUACGACGACCUCGACGCGCAGCUUCAUCAAGCCGGCCUUUGGCCGUUUGUCUCCCGGGCGCGCAAGGAGAUCAACCCGGCGCUGAUCCGGGCCUUCUACUCCAACCUCCGGCGUGAGGACGACGUGCUCUACUCGCUCGUCAAGAGCACGCCGAUCGAGCUCACCGUGGAACAGCUUGAGCGCAUCGCCGGCCUCCCCUUCCAAGGCGACGAUGUGUCUCACUAUGGUGGCAAGGAUUGGGUGCUCAACAACGAGGGCCUUAUCCUCAACGAGCUUGGCAUCACCGAGCUCAAACGCCAUGCCUCGGGACGCCCAACCAUCCACUCCGCCAACCCCGACGGCCGCCUCGUUCUCUACAUCGUCACCCGAAUCAUCAAACCGAGGAAGCACGGCCACACCAUCAUGCACGGUGAAGACCUCAAGCUUAUCCAUGUGAUCAUGCAUUCGGCCCCAAUCAAUUGGGCAAAGUUUGUCAUGAUCAACAUGACGAUUUCCGCGUCCACCGAGCACGACCACCUCCUCCCGUACCCGUUUUUGGUGAUGGACAUCCUUGAACGGUUCAAGGUAACCACCACCGUUGGUCCGCUCACGAAGGCCACGAAGAUUUGGACAAUCAGCAACCAAACCUUCCUCAAGCGGUCAGACAACGCCGCGGCUGCCACUGCCCAGCCACGCCGCACUGCCACUGCCGCUGGCCAAGCCGAACCCCAGGCCCGGGCCAACCUCGCCUCCAUCACCCACUCCCUCAACCAGCUCCACCUCAAGGUUGACGGGAUGGGGAGCUACCUUGAACGGCUCGACGUGGCUGUUCAACGCCAAGGAUACGCGAUGAACUCGUACUUCCAAGGCAUCAACUACGUCCCCCCACCGUACCACGGCACGUUCUUUGGGCAAGUGUACGGUGACGAAGACGAAGCCGAUGACUCCUACGCCCCGUCAAGCUCCCCGGAUGAAGACGAGUUCGACGAUGCCAUCGAUGGGGAUGAGAUGGACGUCGACAACGACGAGGAGGAAACCGAAGACGAAGACUAGGACUCCCCUAGAAUUUCUAUCUCUUUUACUUUAAUUAUCCUGUUCUUUUUUAAUGCUUCCGUUGUAAUCCGCUAUUUCCCUUUAUUAAAUAAAAUCAUUUCGUUUAUCUUUUUGUUAAUGUCAAAAGGGGGAAGAAAAGGGCUAUGCAUAU